AUGGAGGACCUCUCCGCAGAUGACGACAUCCUUUCGGAUAUCCUGCUCGAUAACCUCGAGUUUGAGCCCGCCAUCUCGACACACAAGAUGAACCCGAAUUACAGAGGUCACCGCUUUGAUCGCAACGCCGUCAGUGUCAUCGUCAGGAAGCGUGUCGUGAUCGAGAAGGACAUCACCGCCGCCAUCGAGGACCUCGGCAAACUUGGCAUCAUCCAGAAAUAUCUCACCAACAAAACGCAACGCCAGAUCUCAAGCUUCCACUCGCAUGCGCGACGCUACCUCGAGAGCUACCUUCCUGAAAGUGGCGUCGAAUUCGCUCUUACCACACGCUACAAGCGUGUGAUGAUGCAGAAGGCCGGCAGGGCGCCUGGUGCGGAUGCAGAGGCGUCUACGUCUGCGGUCAAGCUCGAGGAUGCACCCUCGUCACCUGGCAAAGACGUUGCUGAGGACAGAGGCAAGGUUCGCGCCAAAGGCAGGUCGUCACUGGAUCGCGCUGCCACCAGCAUCGGUGCUGCACCCGCCGCGUCGGAGAAGGCCGACCUCAGCGUGCUUGCCAUGCGGACUUUCAAGCCCGGCGAGCUCAUCAACUUCUGCAAGGGCGGGUUGAAAGAUCUCACAAAGAGCGAAGAUGACGCGCUACGCGAGGAAGCCAGCUCCUCGCGCGAGAAACGCAAAGAUGCCGAAUACAAAGGCGUCCUCGGCCCCGGACGCGACUUCUCCGUCAUCAGAUCCGCCAGAAAGGGGUGCAGCCAGCUCUUGCUGGGUCCAGCAAGGUUCGUCAAUCACGACUGCAACCCAAACACAGAAUUCUACCGCAUGGGCGCCACAAUGGUCUUCAAGGUGAUCCGACCAAUCCAUCGCAACGAGGAGAUCACCACCUUCUACGGUGAGAACUACUUCGAAUGGGGCAAUUCCGAAUGCAUGUGCGCCACGUGCGAGUCUCGAGGAACCGGCGCAUUCUCAGAUCCAUCCGUGCCACCACCAGUCGAGCCCACCGAGCACUCCGAGGCCGUUGAGGUCAAGCUGGAGGAGGCCUCAGCAACCGGCACACCGAAUGAGACGAACGGUCGCCGCCAAUCACGGCGUGCUAGCCGUCCAACAGGAACCUCUUCAUCGGCGCUUCCAUCCCCCUCUCCAACACCUUCCUUGACACCAUCCCUGACAACGUUGCCGGGUGAAGAAGCUCCCAAGGACAAAAAGUCGAAGCGCGAUUUCCUCGCGGACCUCAAGCUCGCCGAGCACGGUCCAUCAGACGACCGUUCAGAUCCCUGGGCCGAAGGAGCCGGGCCCAUGUGCCGAUGUCUCACGUGCGGAGCUACCUUUUGGGCCCCAGAGAAGUGGUGGACGCCGGACGAAUGCCCACGCUGCGAGCGUCACUACAAGAUCUUUAAAGCAGACUGGCCAGGUCGUGUUCCGACCGAGGGCGCUUUGCAACGCAAAGCUGGGGUCAAGCGCAGGACAAGUUCCGAGAUGAUCUCAGAACAUAUCGCAAGCAUUGCCUCACCCGCACGCAACGGUAAAGAGCGUUCGGUCACACCCACCGAUGCCAAGGCUAGCGUCACUCCCAAGGCGCAAAAGAAAGCGCGGCUAAGCAAACCCGCCGGAGGCAGUGCCACACCUGGCGAUAGCACCAGUUCGCUGGCGACAUCCACCGUCGCGACGCCGACAGGCAAGUCCACCAAGGUCGCAAAUCCGAGCACAUCGACAUCUGCAGGAUCUGCUAAACUUUCCGAUCGCCCGGCGAAGGGUGUCGAAGGAAAGAGUGGCAAGCAAGAGCGUAAGGAUGAAGCUUUGGUCGCCCGAGCUCUCGCAACACCACCCAUCCGAGGCUCGGCAACAUCUGAAGCCACCUACGACCUGGAUUCGGAUGGUUCUGACCUGACGCCAGAGCCCGAGUCUGAGCUUGGUGAUGCUGCAAAGACAGAAGAUCAAGAAGACGAUGACGAUCAUGGACCCCGGCCCGUUUCUGCUGCUGGCCGAUCGCAGCCUGACCAAACGGAUCGCUCAUCGUCGAGCUCGAGUCCCGGGCCGCCCGGUCCCAAGAUGCUGGGCAAAAAUGCAAAGACCGACGUCCUGGCUCAAUACUGGGGUGCUGUGGAAGGCGAUCGCCGCGCCCGCAGAAAGGCGCCCAUCAACCCCGGUCCGACCUUGCUGGCUGCGCGACGGUCCUCUCAGGACCUCACGCAAAAGCCCGCAGAGCGUCGCUCCAGCUUCCGCGAGACCAGCGCUGACGAGCACAGCACCCCGAAAUUGAAGCGGCGCCUCGUCGCAGAGUCCGCAUCCGACGUCGAAGACGCACCAUCGCAUCAACCGCCUGCGGCACGCCCCCUUCCUGUCGUAGCAGCGUCCAAGCAUCGCAAGACAUCCAGCAUGAAUGACGCAUCCUUCGCGCAGAUUCGAGCGCAGUCAGAGAUCCGUCAGUCACCAGAUCGAUCGACGCCGUCUUCCGCAGUCAGUGUGGCCUCACCGGCUCCUCUUGCCAAGACGGCACCAUCGGCGUCCGCGCCACCACCCAAGACGUCGGCGGGCAGCAUGCCCGGUCUAGCUACAUCGGGUGUCGAGCGAACGUCAGAGUCUAAUCUAGCUCUAUUCUGGUCAGCUGGUGUGGGAGGAACGCGGAAUCGACGUCAGGCGCAGAGAGAGCCGCAGAUGGUGCUCGUACCGGCAGUGCCUGCGAAGCGAUCGAGGAACGUCUCCGAGUCGAGUAGAAGCCGGACGCCCGAAGUCAAGAAGCCACGCGGCACGUCCAGAUCCCGCAUCAGCAAUGGAGACGACGAACACAGUGGCAGAGAACGAAGCGCACGAUCUCGAUCUGUGGCUGCGUCGGACGACGGGUCCAUGGAGACGAGUCGGGAAAGCAGUGAUGACGAAGAUCGUGAAGGCGGCGAGCCGCCAGUAAGGCCUUACAUGUUUUCAGCGAUCAGCAAGGUGCUGCAGUCAAAGGAAGGUGCCGAGGCUACAGGCGCCGUAGACUCCAAAGGACCGCUCUUGCCUUCCGCGCAACUGUUCCGGCCUCCCGGCAUGAUUCGUCCCGACCUCGCAGCAGCAGCGGCUCGUUCCAAUUCACCACUCGCCGGGCCUCCACGUGGCGCACCUGGCCAGCCCAUGCGCAAGAACCUCCGCUGGGGCAGCGGGAAGUCCUCGAUGAGCCGCCCGAUGGGCCCGAAUGGAAGCCCGCUUGGUCGACCUCCCAGUCUCAACGGCAGUCCUGUAAGCCUGCCCCCGCCGCGAUCCGAGGACGACAUCAAAAUGCAGCUGCCUCGCACAGAGGGCCCACUUCGGAUCGGACAGGAGGCAGUCGCGUCUUCUGGCCUGCCCAAGCCGCCCAUUAACCGUCUGGACGCAUCUCCGCUUGAGCCAAGUCUUCGCCAACCGGCUGCGGACCGCGACCAGGUCUCAACCCAGUCAAGUGCCGCAACUGAACCAGCCACUCUAGGCCAGCCGAUCGCAUCAAUUAAGACGGAGGCCGUUCCGAUGGCAGUGUCGAACACUGUGACGCAGAGUGAGGCCCCUGAGACGCCGCCCGUCGUUCUUCCACAAGCGCCUGGGGUGGGUAUAGCGACAAACGGAGGCACGCCUGGCAUGUCGCCAUCAGCAGGCGAUGUGCCCGCCUUAUCCGCCGUGCCCGCUGCGCCUGCAACCGCGAUCGAAGAAGAAAUCACUCCGGUCAAGAUUGCAGCGCAAGAAGCGAGUUCGAGUCAGGACCAGAGCGAUUCACAGCAGAGGCGCACUUCUGGUCGAGCACGUAGAGCGCCCGAGAUGGCAGCGGGCCAGAUUCCUUACAAGGGAAGUCUGGUCAAGCUGGCUGCUCAACGAGCCAAGGGCGCUAAGGCUGGGCAGCCGGGACCACAUUCGCCCUUGUCGGCGGGGACCGCUUCGCCAGACUAUCGGCAAUCAAGUCCAAUGACGCCCAGCCGACGCGUUUCCACCGCAGACGCAUCGGCAGACACUAGUCAUGCGCUUGACGGUCCCACUAGGAACGGCAAGCAUGACAUUGAUCUUGCAACAGGUGUCGACAAGGACGUCGCCAUGGCCGACGUCGUCGCGGCUCGUCGGAUCAGCACAGGCGCUUCAGGUGCUUCGGAUACACCGAUGGACGUUGACUCCUGA